GUGUUCCUUUCUCACCCUGGUGCCCCGAGAGGCUUGGACCACUUGAACUUGCUCCGCCUUUUCGAAGCUUUCCGCGACGGCGAUCGUUGUGCUUACCUCGUCACGGAGCUUUGUGCCAGUGGCUCGUUGGCGGAACGCUUGGAGCAGCAGCGGAGGACUGCGCAGCCUAUGCCGAGCAGAUGCUGA